AUGCAGGCACUGGCGCGGGCGGCGCGGGGGCUCUGGCCGGCGGCGGGGAGGGGGCAGGUGCAGUUGCAGCCGGCGCGGGGGAUCGUGGUGCAGGUGAGGGACGGCAACCUGGAGCGCGCGCUGCAGGUGAUGGAGCGCAAGAUGCGGUCCAGCGGCAUCGAGCGGCUCAUCAAGCGCCGGACGGAGCACCACGUCAAGAACUCGGAGAAGCGCGUGCUCGCGCGCAAGGCGCUCAUGGCGCGCGUCCGCUCCCAGGAGCUCGGCAAGAGCCUCCGCGACAUCCUCAUCAAGAAGAUCAGGGGUCAGUAAGGGCAUCUCUCAGGGGGCAGCAUUUCAGCAACAUUCGACGGUACUACAGGGGGGUUACAACGCCAUUCCUCAUGGGUGCUCCAUGUUGAACAUGUAAUCAAUCUCCGUGGUGGGAUGUAGUAACUGAACUGAUGAUGUUUUUUUUAACUAUAGAUCUGUUUACAGCAGGUUGAUAAUAACUCACCUGCGUGCCAAGAAUCUUUUCACGUCUUGGAUCAUAGGCAAGGUUAUGAUAAAUUGUUUGUUGAGGAAUUUUUAUGGUACACCUUAGUAAUGUACUGUUCUUGGUGUCUCUGAA